GCGCGAGAAAACGCACACAACUUUGAAAAUCAAAAUCACGAAAAACGACGUCGUAGGAACAGAACAUGGCUUGGCUGGCUCGCUCCAUCGCCGACAGUCUCCGCCUCGACGGCGAAGAAGAAGGUUCAGCGGCGGCGGUGGACGAGGCCAGGGAGCCCGUAGACAGCUCCACUGCGGGCGACGCCGUGCUCCGUGAGGAUCAGCCUCGCGACUCCGCCUUAUCAAUUGAGGAUCGCCGAUCGGAUACUGAAGGCGGCGCCAGUGACAAUCACGAUGAUUCUGACGGCGAUUGCGAUCGCCGUGGAGUGAAAGAGGAUUUAUCGGAAUUGCGAGAGAGUUUCACGCGUCAAUUUUGGGGCGUUGCUUCUUUUCUCGCUCCUCCGCCGCCGCCUCCCCCUCCGCCGCCGUUGAUUUAUAGAUCGAGCAUACAAUCGAAAUCUGAUCCGGCAGGUUCGGUUAAUGGUGACGAGGAUGAGGGAGAAGAAAAAGGAGGAGGAGAAAUGUUGGAGUAUGAUGAGAGAGAGUCUGGUGAAUUAGGGGAAUCUGCAGAUUUUUCUCCAUCGAAGGAUGACGAUGCAGAUAUUUUAGAGGAUGCAGUAGGGGUUACUGAGGAAGUGUUGGCUUUUGCGAGGAACAUCGCGCAUCAUCCAGAAACUUGGUUGGAUUUCCCAAUUGAGGAAGAGGAAUUUGAUGAUUUUGAUAUAUCAGAGGACCAGUACAAGCAUCUAUUGGCUAUUGAACAUUUAGCACCGAGAUUAGCUGCUCUCAGAUUUGAGCUUUGUCCAGUCCAUAUGGGUGCUGGCUACUUUUGGAUGGUCUACUUCGUUCUUCUGCACUCAAGGUUGAAUAAACAUGAUCGUAACCUGCUGUCUUCGCCACAGCUUGUGCAAGCGAGAGCCAUGUGGAUGCACGAGCUACAAAAGCAAACUAAAGGGGACUCCUAUUGGUCAGGAAUAAGUAGUUUCCAAUCCAAAAGUAGCACAGAUUCACCCCGUGAAAAUGUUGUCUGCACUUAUGAUGACGUUCAGUAUGGAAAUGACGACUGGAGGUCGGCUUCUGAAUCUUCAACACAUCAAAUAACCGUUGAGCAUGAGAUUGAGAAGCGUGUACUUGACGAAAUUGAGUUUGUUGACAAGUCUGUUAUCAAGGAAGAUCCACCACCCACACUUCUGGAUAAGGAGAUUGUUGUGGGUUCUUCCAUUGGAAUUCGUGUGCCAGUUGUCAUUGUUGAUGGUGAGGAGGACGACGAUGACUGGCUCAAGGAUGACUCAGACUUAAUUGGGUAUACCGGCACCUCACUUACCUUGAAUGAAGAAGAUAUAUCAUUUAGUGAUCUGGAGGACGACGACUCCACUCUGCCCUAUAAAUACAAAACAUCAUCCAUAGAAAGGAAUAAAACGACCAAAACUCCAUGAGUCGAUCUGCCAGGGGAGAUCGUGCUAGAGAUCAGGGGACAUGAGUGGAAUUCGUACCAGUCUUUCUCAGUCCUUGCACGGAUCACUCAUGUACUGGUUUUCCAAAUUGAAGGAGUCACGAGUCACUUGAUUAUGCUUGGUCGUGCAAGAUUUGCUAUUAAGACCAUCCUCGAACCCCUAGCUGCUGAAGUUGGCUCGCUGCACUCAAUGAGAUCACAGCUGAGGUAAAAAAUUUGAUGAUCUCAGAUUUACUAUACUGUAAAGUUCACUACAAGCAGUGAGCAGAAAUGUUUUUUUUUCUUGUUUAUCUGUUAUUUGAUCUCUUGAAAAGCUGCAUUUGGCUUUA